AUGACUCCAUUUCCAAGCAAGCAAAAAGAAGUUCAACCAGAAGCGCAAAGCAAUCCAGAAAAGAAUACUCCUGACAAAAAGGACAAAAAUGAAGUUGAUCAAAGAAGAACAAGAGGAAAAAAAGGUCCUAAAAAAGAGAAAAGCCCUAAGGAGAAAACUGUGGAAGAUGUCUUUCCAAAGACAACAAAUCUGAAAGAUGGGCAAAAGCAAGACAUGCCAAAGCCUAAAGAAAUGAAAGAUACAACUGCAAAUGAAAGACUAAAAAAAGAUGUUCUGUUGGAUGCAUCUGAAAAGGGAGGCCAGAAGGAGGUUUUUAAGCCUGAUGAAGAAACCCAGAAAAAAGGUGCUCCUGUUGAAUAUGUUGCAGCACCUCUUAAAAUAAUGCCAGGUGCUCCUGUUGAAAAAGUUGUACAAGUUGGAAAAAAGAAAACUGCCAAAGAAGUGAAGAAAACUUCUAAGGUUGCUGGCAAAAGAAAAAGCAGUUGUCAGCCUUGCCAAGAAAAAUGUUGGGAAGAGGAAAAAAAAAUACAAGAAGUAUCAUCUGAUGAACCAUCUCAAGAUCCUACUGAUGAAAGUUCAACUGACAGUGGAGAUGAUAGUGAAGAGUCAAUAUAUAAAGCUGAAGCAAAGCCUUUCAGUGAGGAAGAUAAUGAGUUGGAGGAGGAGGAGAAGGAGGAGGAAAUAAAUCUAAAGAAGAAACAGGCAAAAAAUGGGAAGGCACAGAAGUUAGUAAAGGCAAAGGCUGAAAAGGGGGAGCAACAAUUGGUAGUGUAA